AUGCAGGCAAGCGCGGCGUCAGGGAACACCUACCAUGUCCUUCAGUACAAGUUUGUUCCGGACAUGGAGACCAAGCGGGCCCCCGUACGCCAGGCGCAUCUCGACUACCUGAAGAACCUCGCUGAUGAGAAGAAGCUGGCAAUGGGGGGAGCGCUGGUGGAGCCUCUGGACUCCUCCCUCCUCAUCUUCCGCAACAUCAGCAAGGAGGAGGUGGAGAAGAUCGCGGUGGAGGACCCUUAUACCAAGGGUGACCUCGUUGCCGAAUGGACUGUGCGGCGGUAUAUGCGCGUCGUGGGGGACGCAGAGUGA